GCUUCUUAAGCAGUAGGCUGUUGGGUUUUGAUCCCUCCCAGAACACUUGAGUUUUGCUCUUCAAGUGUAUAUAAAACCUGCUUUAUCUGCACACCUAAGAAUAAAAGGUAAUGGAGACUGAACAACCGGAGGAGACCUUUACUAACACAGAGACAAAUGGCAAACGUCCUGCAGAAGAUAUGGAAGAAGAACAGGCCUUCAAAAGAUCUCGGAAUACAGAUGAGAUGGUUGAAUUACGCAUCUUGCUUCAAAGCAAAAAUGCUGGAGCAGUGAUUGGAAAAGGUGGCAAAAAUAUUAAGGCACUUCGUACAGAUUACAAUGCCAGUGUUUCAGUCCCAGACAGCAGUGGCCCCGAGCGCAUCUUGAGUAUAAGUGCAGAUACAGAGACAAUUGGAGAAAUCUUGAAGAAGAUUAUCCCUACUUUAGAAGAGUAUCAACACUACAAAGGUAGCGACUUUGACUGUGAAUUAAGACUUCUAAUUCACCAAAGUCUAGCAGGAGGAAUUAUUGGUGUCAAGGGUGCUAAAAUCAAAGAACUCAGAGAGAACACUCAGACCACUAUUAAGCUCUUCCAAGAGUGUUGUCCUCAUUCCACUGACAGAGUGGUGCUUAUUGGUGGAAAACCUGAUAGAGUUGUGGAAUGUAUCAAGAUUAUCUUGGAUCUUAUCUCUGAGUCUCCAAUUAAAGGACGGGCCCAGCCUUAUGAUCCCAAUUUCUAUGAUGAAACAUAUGACUAUGGUGGCUUCACAAUGAUGUUUGAUGAUAGAAGGGGACGUCCAGUAGGCUUUCCAAUGCGUGGAAGGGGAGGCUUUGAUCGAAUGCCUCCUGGUCGUGGUGGACGACCUAUGCCUCCAUCAAGAAGAGAUUAUGAUGAUAUGAGCCCUCGCAGAGGACCUCCACCGCCUCUGCCAGGUCGUGGUGGCAGAGGUGGCAGCAGAGCUCGUAAUCUUCCUCUUCCUCCUCCACCACCUCCUCGUGGCGGAGAUCUUAUGUCUUAUGACCGAAGGGGUAGACCUGGAGACCGUUAUGAUGGAAUGAUGAUGCAGUGUCAUGUGGAUGCUUGUGAUGACAUGCAGCCACCAGAGUUGUUUGAGGGUGGCUCUGGAUAUGACUAUUCUUACACAGGGGGCCGUGGUUCAUAUGGAGAUCUUGGUGGACCCAUCAUCACAACACAAGUAACGAUUCCCAAAGAUUUGGCAGGAUCUAUUAUUGGAAAGGGAGGCCAGAGAAUCAAACAAAUACGUCAUGAGUCAGGAGCUUCAAUCAAAAUUGAUGAACCACUAGAAGGCUCAGAAGAUCGAAUAAUAACAAUUACAGGAACACAGGACCAGAUACAAAAUGCUCAGUAUUUACUGCAGAACAGUGUGAAGCAGUAUUCUGGAAAGUUUUUCUAAGACUAGUGAAGAACUGAAGGAGUCCUGCACCUUUUUUUUUUCUUUUUUUUUUUUUUUUUAAUAUCUGCUUCUGUUUAAAAAGCCAACAUUCCUCUGCUUCAUAGGUGU